AUGGCUACCCCUAGUGUCCUAGCUUUUGACGCUGAGGGUCGCGCCAUUGAUUUUGAGGUCUGGUUAGACGACCUGCAGCUGUUCUUACAGUGCGACAGGGCUGACGACCUUUCUCUCUUUGACCUCACCUCUGGCGCCUCUCCUGUCCCUGCUGCUGAUGCUGAUCCCGCUGUCCGCUCUAAGUGGGCCACCCGCGAUGCUGCUGCACGUCUUGCUGUGCGUCGCCACCUCCCUACCUCUGAGCGUGCGCACUUUAGUCAGUACAAGAGUGCUCAGACCUUGUACGACGCUGUAGUUGCGCGCUACGCCUCCCCUGCCACUGCUGCACUGAGCCGUCUCAUGCUUCCCUACCUCUUUCCUGACCUCUCUGCCUUUCCCACUGUCGCUGACCUCAUUACGCACCUCCGCACUAGUGACACUCGCUACCGCGCCGCCCUUCCUGCUGAGUUCUGCGCUAAGAACCCCCCCCCCAUGUACAUCGCUCUCUACUACGUAGUCGCACGCCUCCCUGACUCCCUUCGCGUCGUCAGGGACCACUUUCUCGCAGUCUGUCCCACCACUCUCACCGUCGACCUCCUCGAGAAGGCCCUCCUUGCAGCGGAGAAGAGCAUAGUCGCUGUAGGUGCUUCUCGUGGUGACCCUCGCACCCCCAUCUUUGAGGGGUGCUCUCCUUCCCCCUUGCUGCCCUCUGUUGCCUCUGCUGCUGCUGCCGACCUGCUUGGUCUUGAGUCGGUCGGCGCGGCGUCUGCCCCUAGUGGGAGACUUCGCUCCAGCAAGGGCAAGGGGGGCAAGGGCGCGGGUGGAGCUGGAGGGGGCGGUGGCGGUGGCGGCGGUGGCGGCGUAGGGAGUGGGGGUGGCGGCGGGGCUAGUGGCGGGGGUGGUGGUGGUGGUGGCGGCAGCAGCGGCGGAGACGGUGGUGGUGGUGCCAGCGGUGGUGGUGGAGGCAGCGGCGGAGGUGGAGGCGGCGGAGGUGGAGGCAGUGGAGGCGGCAGCGGAGGAGGCAGUAGUGGUGGAGGAGGUGGAGCUGGUCGGGGUGGUACCCCGCAGCGUAGCGGCGGUGGUGGUGGCCAGCGCUCGCACCGGCAGCAGCAGCAGCGCUCGCGGGACAUCCCUUCGCCUCAGCAGCUUCGUGAGUGGUACGCUGGGCGUCAGAGGGGUGGGGGUACUGGUCCCUGCACCUACGUUCUUCGUUCCGGCGACCGCGCGGGUGAGCAGUGUGGGGGUGCCCACGCCACCCAGCGCUGCUUUGGCCGCCUGACGGACGCUUGGCGUCAGCAGUUCCCUGGGGCUAGUGAGAUCCCUCGCUGGGAUGAGCUUCUCAGGGCUGGUGUAGCGAUCUUUGAUCUUGAUUUUGAUGCUAUCCUUACUGCUAUGUAUGUUGUGGAUUAUAGUGAGGAGAAUGAGGGUUACCGGUGUUUUCAGCCCGACCCGGGCAUUGGUACUGCUGCGCUAGGUGCUUGUGAGGCUGCUGCUCUAGGUGCCAGUGCGUCUGCGCUCUCAGGUACUGGUGAGACUGCGCUCUCAGGUACUGAGUCGUCCUCGUCCUCCCUCACUUUCACACUUGACUCCGGAGCUUCUCGCUCCUUCUUUCGAGACCGCACUACCCUUUCGCCGCUCGCCAGGCCGGUUGCGGUCUCCCUUGCUGACCCCUCUGGGGGUCCUGUCCUGUCUCACUUCUCCACUGUCCUCCCGUGUCCGGCUGCCCCUUCGGGCACCCUGUCGGGUCUGUACCUUCCCUCGUUCUCUACGAACUUGGUGAGUGGAGCGGACCUGCAGGAUGGGGGUGUUCACCAGUUCACUCCUGCGCGUCAGAGGGUGACCCACUGCACGGAGGCUUGCACAGGCCGACACCUGGCCACGUUCUCACGUCGGCCGGGGUCGAGUCUCUACACCCUGACCGUUGAGUCUCCUCCUGUCCCUGCGUCUGGUCAGGUGGCUGCGUCGGGACCUUCCUGUGUCCCCUGUGUCGAGGGUCGCCUCCGGGCUACUCCUCACUCCUCCCACUUCCCCCCGACAGAGGCUCCCCUGCAGACGCUUCACAUGGAUGUGUGGGGCCCAGCCCCUGUCCGUGGGCAGGGUUACGAGCGCUACUUCCUGUUGGUGGUUGACGACUACUCGCGUUACACCACAGUCCUCCCCUUGCGCAGCAAGGGUGCGGUCACUGAGGUGCUGAUCGACUGGAUCCGCGAGGCUCGUCUCCAGCUCAGGAAGAGCUUCGGCUCGGACUUUCCUGUUCUGCGUCUGCACUCUGACAGAGGCGGAGAGUUCUCUUCUCGCCUUCUACGAGACUACUGUCGUGCACGGGGGAUCCGCCAGACCUUCACGCUUCCGGACUCACCACAGAAAAAUGGGAUUGCUGAGCGCCGCAUUGGCAUGGUCAUGGAUGUCGCUCGUACGUCCAUGAUGCAUGCGGCUGCCCCCCAUUUUCUGUGGCCGUUUGCGGUGAGGUACGCGGCGCAUCAGCUCAACCUUCACCCCCGGGUCUCUCGGCCAGCGAUGUCCCCAGCCUUGCUGUGGACGGGGAAGGUUGGCGAUGCGUCUGUGUUCCGUGUCUGGGGAUCUCGGGCGUUUGUCCGCGACUUGUCUGCGGACAAGCUGUCCCCUCGUGCUGCUCCCUGUGUCUUCCUUGGCUUCCCCACUGACGCCCCAGGGUGGCAGUUUUACCACCCCUCCUCUCGUCGUGUUCUGUCCUCCCAGGACGUCACGUUCGACGAGUCAGUCCCCUUCUACCGUCUCUUCCCCUACCGCACUCCUUCCCUCCCCCCUCCCCCGGACUUCCUUGUGCCGGUUCCCCCCCCGGUAGACCCCCUCCCCCCUCAGGUUCCUGCCCCCUCAGGUGUGUCCCAGGUAGACGCCGUUGACCCGGUCGAGGUUACUGGUGACUCUGGUGCUGCUGCGGGUGCUGGGCCUGGGGGUGCUGACUCUGGGGGUGCUGUGCGCGGGGGUGCUGAGCCUGGGGGUGCUACUGCUGGGGGUGCUGGGCCUGAGGGUGCUACUGCGGAGGGUGCGGAGCCUGGGGGUGCUGAGCCGGGGGGUGCUGUGCCUGGAGCUGCUGAGCCUGGGGGUGCUGAGCUGGGAGCUGCUGAGCCUGGGGGUGCUGCGUCUGGAGUUGCUGAGCCUGGGGUUUCUCCUGCUGCUGCGUCUCGCCGGGAGCCCCUCUCUCCACAGGAGCUGCGCGAGUGGUUCGCUCGCCGCUGGAGGCGUGCUGCUGAGUCUGGAGGUGCUGCUGGAGCUGGAGCUGGAGCUUCUUCGACCGUCGAGGGUGCGGGUGCAGCCGGUCCCGGAGCUGCUGGCCCUGCAGGUCCUCCUGGAGCUGGAGCUGCUGAGGGCGUUCGUGCUGAGCCUGCUGCUGUUGGUCCUGCCGCUGGAGGUGUGGGUGGCGCUGGUGCUGUCGCUGAGGGUGCUGGUGCUGUCCCUGCUGAGUCUGGAGCUGCCGCGCGGCCUCGGCCGUACUUCGUUCCGCUCCUUCAGCAGGUUCUUGGUCUUUCUCCUCCAGUAGAGGGUCCACCGCCUGUCCAGUCGCAGCCCCUACUGGAGCCUUCCUCUCCGCUGCCUGCUCCCUCUCCUUACACUGGUCCUACUGGAGGUCUUGCUGAGCGUCGUGAGCCUGCGUCUCGUCCCGCGUCGCCUGUUCGUGCUGCUCGCGCUAGUGGUCGCAGUUCGCGUCAGCGUCCUCCUCCUGUCCCUGGCACGCACCGGAUGUCUUUACGUCCGUCCACUGCUCCUCUGCGUGCCCCUUUGCCUUCUCCUCCUGAGUCCUCUCUUCCUGCGCUUGCGGACCCUGAGUCGGACUCUCUUCGUGCUGCCAGUCCCACUGUCACGCGUCUGCUUGCUACUGUCGUCACUGACCCAUCUUUUGAGUCCACUGCUGCGUCUGCUCUAGUCGCUGAGCUCGUCGACUUUGCUGCUCGCUGUCGUCUCGACUACGCUGCUAGUCUUGUUGCUGAGUCUGCGUUUGUCUGUCCUCCGUCCGUCGGGGGUGAGUGUGCUCUUGGCACGGACGUCCUAGAGGACAGGCAGGAGGAGUUACAGUGUCUAGCAGCUGCUUCACCUCAUCUCGCGUCUGUACUGCUUGCCCCUGAGGGAGACCCGGAUGCACUAGACAUCCCGACUCCGCGUUCUUACGCGGAGGCCGUAGAGGGUCCCUACUCCUCUCAGUGGCAGGCAGCUAUGGACGAAGAGAUGGCUUCCUGGAAGUCCACAGGCACCUACGUUGACGCGGUUCCCCCUCCUGGGGCGAACAUCGUCAGUGGCAUGUGGAUCUUCAGGGUGAAGCGGCCGCCGGGCUCUCCACCUGUCUUCAAGGCACGGUACGUUGCUCGUGGCUUCAGUCAGCGGCAGGGAGUUGACUACUUUCAGACCUUCUCUCCCACCCCGAAGAUGACUACUCUUCGGGUGCUGCUGCACAUAGCCGCUCAGCGCGACUACGAGCUUCACUCUCUCGACUUCAGCACUGCGUUCUUGCAGGGUAGCCUGCACGAGGAGAUCUGGCUUCGCCGUCCACCUGGCUUCACUGGGACUUUCCCUCCUGGCACCCAGUGGAGCCUCCGACGGCCAGUCUACGGUCUCCGCCAGGCACCGCGUGAGUGGCACGACACACUGAGGACUACGCUUGCGGCUCUUGGGUUUGCUCCUUCUACUGCUGACCCGUCGCUGUUUCUUCGCACCGACACUUCCCUGCCGCCGUUCUACAUCCUCGUGUACGUCGACGACCUGGUCUUUGCCACAGCGGACACUGCUGGACUCGCCUACGUGAAGUCCGAGCUGUUGAAGAGACACACGUGCACAGACCUGGGUGAACUGCGCAGCUACCUUGGCUUGCAGAUCACUCGGGACAGAGCACGCCGCACCAUUACCUUGACUCAGUCACACAUGGUGCAGCAGGUCCUUCAGCGCUUCGGCUUCACGUACUCCUCGCCUCAGGCCACUCCUCUGCCUACUCGCCACUCACUCUCAGCUCUGCCUUCGGAUGAGUCCGUAGAGUCGAGUGGUCCGUAUGCGGAGCUUGUUGGCUGCCUCAUGUACCUGAUGACCUGCACACGACCUGACCUUGCAUACCCUCUGAGCAUUCUUGCACGCUAUGUUGCUGCUGGGAGACACAGACCGGAGCACAUGGCUGCAGCGAAGAGGGUAUUGCGCUACCUGUGCAGUACGUCAGGCAUGGGGCUAGUGCUUGGAGGGCGGAGUCCAGUGGUCCUUACCGGCCACGCGGACGCGUCUUGGGCUGACGACCAGGCUACGCAGCGGUCGUCACAGGGUUACACCUUCAGCCUUGGUUCCGGCUCUGUCUCGUGGCGGUCUACUCGCUCGUCUUCGGUUCUCGGCUCCAGUUGUGAGGCUGAGAUCUACGCCGGGGCCAUGGCUGCACAGGAGCUUCGCUGGCUCACCUACCUGCUGACUGACCUUGGAGAGCCGCCUCGUUCUCCUCCAGUGCUGUACGUAGACAACAAGGCUAUGCUGGCCUUGUGUCGAGAGCAGCGCUUGGAGCACAGAACGAAGCACAUUGCUCUCCGCUACUUCCUUGCUCGUGAGCUGCAGCAGCGUGGUCAGUUGCGACUUGCGUACGUGGCCUCUGAGGCCAACACUGCUGAUGUGUUCACCAAGGCACUUGCGCCUUGUGACCAUCAGCGCUUCUGCACCCAGCUGGGUCUUGUGCCUGUCUUGCCUCACUUGCUCUCCUCUUGA